CCUCCUGGAAACUGGGCCUGCUUGGCAUCAAGUCAGCCAUCAGCCGGCCCAUCUCCUCAUGCUGGCCAGCCCUUUGUGAGUGUGUGGGAGGGGAGGCUGGGCUCCUCCUUGUACUCUCUGAGGUGCUCUGGAAGGAGGAACAGCUCCACCCUGGGAGGGACUGUGGCCCAGGUACUGCCUGGGUGCUACUUUAUGGGCAGCAGCUCAGUUGAGUUAGAGUCUGGAAGACCUCGGAAGACCUCCUGUCCUAUCAGGCCCUCCCCAUGGCUUUAGCUGACUUGUAUGAAGAAGGAGGUGGAGGAGGAGGAGAAGGUGAAGACAGUGCUGACUCAAAGGAGACGGUCUGCCAACCCUCUGGGAGAAAAUCCAGCAAGAUGCAAGCCUUCAGAAUCUGGGAUGUUAACCAGAAGACCUUCUAUCUGAGGAACAACCAACUAGUUGCUGGAUACUUGCAAGGACCAAAUGUCAAUUUAGAAGAAAAGAUAGAUGUGGUACCCAUUGAGCCUCAUGCUCUGUUCUUGGGAAUCCAUGGAGGGAAGAUGUGCCUGUCCUGUGUCAAGUCUGGUGAUGAGACCAGACUCCAGCUGGAGGCAGUUAACAUCACUGACCUGAGCGAGAACAGAAAGCAGGACAAGCGCUUCACCUUCAUCCGCUCAGACAGCGGCCCCACCACAAGUUUUGAGUCUGCCGCUUGCCCCGGUUGGUUCCUCUGCACAGCGAUGGAAGCUGACCAGCCCGUCAGCCUCACCAAUAUGCCUGACGAAGGCGUCAUGGUCACCAAAUUCUACUUCCAGGAGGACGAGUAGUACUGCCCACGCCUGCCUGUUCCCAUUCUUGCAUGGCAAGGACUGCAGGGACUGCCAGUCCCCCUGCCCCAGGGCUCCCGGCUAUGGGGUCACUGAGGACCAGCCAUUGAGGGGUAGACCCUCAGAAGGCGUCACAAGAACCUGGUCACAGGACUCUGCCUCCUCUUCAACUGACCAGCCUCCAUGCUGCCUCCAGAAUGGUCUUUCUAAUGUGUGAAUCAGAGCACAGCAGCCCCUGCACGAAGCCCUUCCAUGUCGCCUCUGCAUUCAGGAUCAAACCCCGACCACCUGCCCAACCUGCUCUCCUCUCGCCACUGCCUCUUCCUCCCUCGUUCCACGUUCCCAUGCCCUGGAUCCAUCAGGCCACUUGAUGACCCCCAACCAAGUGGCUCCCACACCCUGUUUUACAAAAAAAAAAAAAAAGACCAGUCCAUGAGGGAGGUUUUUAAGGGUUUGUGGAACAUGAAAAUUAGGAUUUCAUGAUUUUUUUUUCAGUCCCCGUGAAGGAGAGCCCUUCAUUUGGAGAUUAUGUUCUUUCUGGGAGAGGCCUGGGGGCUUAAAAUAUUCCUGCAUUUGUGAAAUGAUGGUGAAAGUAAAUGGUAGCUUUUCCCUUUUUUUUCUUCUUUUUUUGUGAUGUCCCAACUUGUAAAAAUUAAAAGUUAUGGUACUAUGUUAGCCCCAUAAUUUUUUUUUCCUUUUAAAACACUUCCAUAAUCUGGACUCCUCUGUCCAGGCACUGCUGCCCAGGCUCCAAGCUCCAUCUCCACUCCAGAUUUUUUACAGCUUCCUGCAGUACUUUACCUCCUAUCAGAAGUUUCUCAGCUCCCAAGGCUCUGAGCAAAUGUGGCUCCUGGGGGUUCUUUCUUCCUCUCCUGAAGGAAUGAAUUGCUCCUUGACAUUGUAGAGCUUCUGGCACUUGGAGACUUGUAUGAAAGAUGGCUGUGCCUCUGCCUGUCUCCCCCACCAGGCUGGGAGCUCUGCAGAGCAGGAAACAUGACUCGUAUAUGUCUCAGGUCCCUGCAGGGCUGAGCACCUAGCCUCGCUCUUGGCAGGUACUCAGCGAAUGAAUGCUGUAUAUGUUGGGUGCAAAGUUCCCUACUUCCUGUGACUUCAGCUCUGUUUUACAAUAAAAUCUUGAAAAUGCCUA